AUGGACGCGAGGGCGCUUCUGAAGGCGUCUAAACUUGGUUCAAGGCGAAUUGAACACCCACAUAUAAAAUAUAAUUCAUUGGGUAAAAUCUCGUGCAUUGUUUGUGGAGUUCCAAUUAAAUCUGAAAUUACUUGGAAGGCACAUAUUUUGAGCAAAACGCAUAAGGAGAAUGCUGCUCGUGGUACAGAUGCUCUUAAAAGGAUUCACGAUCAGGUAAAAAGCCGUGAUCUUCCUGCAAAGCGACCGAAGGUAGAGGUUGUUAACAAAACUAUGGCGGAUUUUGAAUCCAGUGGCUCUGAACUUAAAGGGUCAGAAUUCAAGAUCCCAGAUGUUCCACAUGAAGAGAAGCCUAAAAAAGAAGAAAAAACCGAGGAAGUGCAGAAAGGAGUUCUGCCUGAAGGAUUUUUCGACGAUGCGCGAAAGGAUGCAGAAGCUCGACAUGUACCUUUUCGAGACAAGAUGGAUGAAGAAAUGGAAGCUUUCCAAAAGGAACUCGGGGCUCUUAACCAAGAAUCGGAUCAGAUACUUGAAAAAGACAAUGAAGAAAUGGUUGUGGCGAGAAAUUUAGCUGAAGUUGACAAGCAAAUGGCGAUGUGGGAGAAGGUCCAUGAGCUGGAAUUACUCAAAGAAGCUCAUCUUGCGAGGAAGAAAAUAGUAAAAUCAGAUGAUGCACCAAAUGUCAAGGAAGAGGCCGAAAUAGAUGAGGAUGACAGCGAUAUUGAUGAAGAUGAACUUAAUGACUUCAGGUUCAGGGCUAGUGUUCGAUAA